UGUUGAAAAUAGUCGUGCGAGGAAAGAAAAUCGUUGCUGCUCUUGUUAUUGUUUAAUGGACGCGUGAAGAAAAUUUUCGGUAUCUGCUGUUCGUGUUGUCGGUCGCAAUCAGUGUUAAAAGUUGAAAUUCGACGUUGAAAUUGUGCAAAACACAUGACUUAAUGUCGUGUGCAACUUGAGAAGUUGAAUUUGAGCUAUAAAAUUAUUUUGAAUCAACAUCACCUAUCGUCAUCAUGGAGGAGGACACCGAGUAUAAGAAAUUGCCAAUUGAUGAACGUUGUGUUCAUAAACUCUGGAAGGCUCGUGUUGAUGGAUACGAAGAAGCGGCCAAACUGUUCCGAACGAUUGAUGAUGAGAAAUCUACGGAAUGGAAUAAAUAUCUUGGUCUUGUAAAGAAGUUCGUCAUCGAUAGUAAUGCAGCGGCGCAAGAAAAAGGUCUUGAGGCGACACUCGUUUUUGUGGAAAACAGUGGUAACGCCGGUAAAACAGUCGGUGAAGUAAUGAGCGGUAUUAUCACCAAAUGCAUCGGAGCACCAAGAGCUAAAACCAAGGAUCUGGCCGUCCAGAUAACACUGAUGUACGUAGAGAUUGAGAAACAUGAAACUGUAUUAGAGGAAUUGUUGAAGGGAACCGAUCAGAAGAAUCCUAAGAUUGUCGCAGCUUGCGUUGCCACCGUGACGCAGGCUUUGCGGGAAUUUGGUAGUAAAGUGAUAAGUAUUAAACCAAUUGUUAAAAAGCUUCCAACGUUGUUGAGCGAUCGAGACAAAUCUGUGCGAGAUGAGUCAAAAGCGCUCACUAUAGAGAUAUACCGAUGGAUAGGUGCAGCCUUCAAAUCACAGAUAGCAUCACUUCCUGCUGUUUUGCUUACGGAGCUGGAGACCGAAUUUGAAAAGGUAAGUGGCGAUAAAGCCGUUCCGGUUCGAUAUUUGAAAUCACAGCAAGAGAAGCAAAUGUUAGCUGCUGUUGCUAGUAAUGUUGAGGCUCCGGAAGGUACUAAUGAAGACGAGGCCGACGAGGUCGAAGAAAUCGAUCCUAUGGAUCUUAUCGAUCCAGUUGAUAUACUAUCAAAGCUACCCAAAGACUUCUACGAAAAACUGGAAGCUAAGAAGUGGCAAGAACGCAAGGAAGCAUUAGAAGCUUUGGAAACUUUGCUGCAAAAUCCUAAGCUGCAGCCUGGAGAUUAUGGCGAUGUUGUUCGAGCAUUGAAAAAAACUAUAUCGAAAGAUACGAACGUUGUGUUGGUGGCACUUGGAGGAAAAUGUCUUUCGAUGUUAGCUAAAGGAUUGGGCAAAAAGUUCAACACUUAUGCCGGGGCAUGCAUUCCAGCAAUUUUAGAAAAGUUUAAAGAGAAAAAAGCAAACGUAGUGACAGCGCUAAGAGAUGCGAUCGAUGCUAUCUACCCGUCUACUAAUUUAGAAGCAAUACAGGAAGAUAUCCUUGAAGCACUAGCGAACAAGAAUCCCAGUGUCAAGACCGAAACGGCCUCCUUUCUAGCAAGAGCGUUUACAAAAACUCUACCGACUAUAUUAAAUAAAAAACUAUUGAAAGCAUUAGUUACGGCUUUAUUGAAAACUUUGAACGAAUCUGAUCCAGCAGUACGUGAUGCUUCAGCUGAAGCUUUAGGCACUGCUAUGAAAUUGGUCGGUGAAAAGGCUAUAGGGCCAUUUAUAACAGAGGUGGAUGCCUUGAAACAAGCCAAAAUAAAAGAAUGCUGCGAAAAAGCAGUCAUUACCAUCAAAAUUCCCGGCCCCAAGAAAGAACGACCAGCAACAGCUCCUCCAAAAACGAGUGUUACCACAAGUUCAUCGGGAACUGGUGCAGUUAAAAAGGGUGGUUCAACUGAACCAAAACCGGUUGCUCGGCCAGCAACGGCUGGUGUCAAGAAACCACUUGGUGCUAAAAAAGUUCCUGGUGGAGGGGGGGUUGGUGGAGGUGGCAGUUUAUCAAAAUCUUCAAGCACAGCUAAAGUUUUGCCCACUGAACGAGAUAUGUCCCAAGAGGAAGUGGACGAAAAAGCAAUUGAAAUACUUCCUGCAGAGGUAGUUCAGGGUCUUGCUGAUUCCAACUGGAAAUCAAGAGUAGCUGCUAUGGAAUCCUUGGUCGGUGUUAUUCCUGAUUUUGAUGCCAAGUGUGGCCACUCCCAGGUGAUUUUAAGAACACUAGCUAAAAAACCUGGCCUGAAAGAUACAAAUUUCCAAGUUUUAAAACUCAAGCUCGAAAGCGUAAAAGUAACGGUAGAAAAAAUGGGCAUUACCACUACAACUGCCGAUUACAUCGUCAAUGACAUAACUGAGAAACUUGGUGAUGCUAAAAAUAGUAGUCCAGCAGCACAUGCCCUGACUGCGAUAGCCGAAGCAAUUAAGCUUGAAUAUGUUGUUUCGAAGGUAAUGGAAUUUGCUUUUGAACAAAAAUCGCCGAAGGUUCAACAAGAAGCUCUUAGUUGGGUCAACAAUGCCAUUAAAGAAUUUGGCUUCCAAGUUAAUCCUAAAUUACUUCUUGAUGAUUCAAAGAAAGCUGUCCAAAGUAUAAACCCGGCAGUUCGUGCAGCUGGAAUUGCACUUCUUGGUACGAUGUAUUUGUAUAUGGGCAAUUCCUUAGCUAUGUUUUUUGAAAACGAAAAACCAGCUCUAAAACAACAAAUUCAAACUGAAUUUGAUAAAUGCGCCGGCCAAAAACCUCCGCCCCCUAGCAGAGGUUUAACAAAGUCUGCCAGCAAGUCAUCAUCAGAUAAUUUAAUCAACGAUGAUGACGCUGUAGAAGAACAACCUACAGUUAAUAUAAACGAUCUUUUGCCACGUGUGGAUAUUGCACCCCAAAUAACAGAAUCUCUGUUGGCAGAAAUUUCGGAUAAAAAUUGGAAAACGAGGAAUGAAGGCCUCGACAAAUUGAAAGGUAUUCUGGGAGAAGCAAAGUUGAUUAAACCUAGUCUAGGCGACCUGCCCCAAGUUUUGGCUCAGCGUUUAGUAGACAGUAAUGCAAAAAUAGCACAAACCACGGUGGAGAUUUGUGAGCAGAUAGCAACAGCCAUGGGUCCUCCUUGCAAACAAUAUGUACAUGUGCUGUUUCCAGGAUUUCUAAAGGGAUUGGGUGACAGUAAAUCCUUUAUUCGAAGCGCUUGUAUAUCGUGCAUUAAUGCUUGGGGCGAUCAGGCUGGAUAUAAAGAAUUUUUCACUGGUGAGAUUAUUGCCGAUGCAUUAAAAACUGGUAGUCCAGCGUUGAAGACAGAACUAUGGGGUUGGUUGGCAGAAAAACUACCUGCAAUUCCGCCAAAAAGUAUUUCGAAAGACGAACUGGUAGCUAUGUUGCCUCAUUUGUAUGCUAACAUAUGUGAUCGAAGUGCAGAUGUUCGAAAAAACGCUAACGAUGCUGUACUAGGUAUAAUGAUUCAUCUGGGAUAUGAUGCGAUGAUGAAAGCCCUCGAUAAACAAAAACCAACCUCCAAAAAAGACAUUCAGGCUGCUCUGGACAAAGCGCGCCCAAACUUACCGGUUAAACCUUUACCAAAAAAUAAACAGCAGGCGCCAAUUGUAGAGGAACCAAAAGUUGUUCGUCCUGGAACGGCCAAAUUACAGAAACCGGCACCUGGUGCUGCAAAUAAAGGCAAUGCAACUAGCAGCUCUAGAAAAAAGGAAGAGGAAGUUGAUAAUUCGCCGUUACUAGCAAUAAACAAUAUGAAAAGCCAACGUUUGUUAGAUGAGCAAAAGCUCAAAGUUCUCAAGUGGACGUUUACUACCCCUCGUGAAGAAUUUACAGACCUGCUGAAGGAACAAAUGACUGCUGCGAACGUUAACAAGGGGCUUAUUGCGAAUAUGUUCCACGAUGAUUUUAGAUAUCAUCUUAAGGUUAUCGAUGCUCUGAUUGAGGAUUUACCUAAAAACGAUAAAGGGCUGAUUUGUAAUCUCGAUCUAAUAAUGAAGUGGCUUUCGUUAAGGUUUUAUGAUACUAAUCCUUCGGUGUUACUCAAAGGCUUAGACUAUUUAAAUCUCGUUUUUCAAAUGCUUAUCGAUAAGCAAUAUGUACUUGCAGAAAACGAGGGAAGUUCAUUCAUUCCGCAUUUGCUAACAAAAAUCGGAGACCCAAAAGAUGUAGUUCGGAAUGGAGUGCGCACAUUACUACGGCAGAUUUGUCUAAUAUAUCCAUUCGCUAAAGUGUUCGUAUUUGUGACAGAUGCUCUGAAAUCAAAGAACGCUAGACAACGCGCCGAAUGUUUGGAUGAGCUGGGUUAUUUAAUAGAGACCUACGGUCUAACAGUUUGUCAACCAUCUCAACAGGUUGCGCUGAAAGAAAUAGCUAAACACAUUUCCGAUCGAGAUAAUUCAGUGCGUAAUGCGGCUUUGAAUGCAGUAGUUCAAGCUUACUUCCUAGCCGGAGAAAAAAUCUACAAACUUAUUGGACAAAUGUCUGAGAAAGAUCUAUCUAUGUUAGAUGAGCGAAUAAAACGUUCCAAAAAGACGAUUAAGAAACCGGCUAGCACGAUUGAAAUAGUUAAAGUUCCAUCAGCAGCCGAAGUAAAUGUUACAGAGCAGGAACCUGUGGACGAAGAAGAUGAGGUUAUUACACAUGAACAACCUGAAGAGGCGGUUCCAGUUGCACGUAAACGUAGAUCAGUUGUUUUUAACAAAGCUAUCAAAAAUGAAGUUUGCACUGUUCCUGGGUCCACGGUAGAAUGUUCAGAAGAUUCUGAAACAUUAGGUAAUGCACAUAAAAGGCCGCGGGAAGACUUGGAUGAAUCGGAAAAUUUAAAGCCACCGGAAGUGAGUGCGCCCAAAGUCAGCGGUCCCUUUAAGUUGGAUGAUAAUGUGAUAGCAGACAUUGAGCACAACUGGGUUAAGGCCGACCAGCAUCGAAAGCUGGAUCUGCCCCAGAUCGACGUCGCGUUUCUCUAUGAACCAAUCAAGGUGAUUUCGGUACGCGGUGCGCAAUAUCCAGAGGAAAAAUUCCAGCAACUUUUGGCACGAACUCUGCACCGACCAGUGAGUGCUCACUCGCGAGAUUACGCUAUGAGUCCACCCUCGCACAUGCGUUCUCCAGCGUAUGGUAGCAUCGGUGGAGGUAGUGGCUGUGGGGUCCAGAAGUCUAAACCAACUGCAAAUUUGGCUGAUGCGUUGCCUAAGUUAGACCCCAAUCUCCUACGGAUUAUCAAAAGUAUUGGUAGUGCGGACUUUUACACAGCUCAUGCAGCAAUAAACGAACUUUCCGACAUCCUCGAAUCACAGGAAAAGCAAGCUGUUCUGCGCGACUAUGAAGAGAUCUACAUACAAAGUAUUUUGCAGCAAUUCAAGUAUCUCCAGCAACGGCCACUAAAUGAGGCUUUACCUAUGUACCAGCCGCUUUUGCACAGUAUUUAUUCUUUCUUCGCCUCUAAAACUCUUGGAAAAAAUUUGUCGGUUAACACUAUCAAGAGUCUUAUAUCCGUGUUAUUGGGUUUGAUGGCCAAUAAUAAAUUUGGUGGAAGUACUGACGAUGCUCAGUUUACUAAAGUUGUUAAUGGCAUUUGUCUCAAAGUUCUGGAUCAUACGAAUUUCACACAUGUUCACUGUGCUCUGAUAAGGUUGCUCAAAGAGUCGUGUCAAACGAGUUGUUUACCUAAGUUUACUGAGCUUUUGAUGAAAUGUAUAUGGCGGAACGUCAAGGUUAUUCCUGAUCGCCUUACCGAACUCAAUUACGAUGCUGUGCUGCUAGAGGUACAUGAGUUCAUGUUGGCUUUACCGAGUGCCUGGUGGCACCAACGACCUUCCGAUACCCCUCUGCGAACUGUUAAGACUAUUAUACAUAACAUGACAAAAAUCAAAGGGAACGCUAUUCUACAACACUUGAACAAGAUUCCAAGCCACUCAGAGUUGAAUACGUACAUACUACGAAUUUUGAAAAAUCUCAAUAAGGAAUCAACUCCGAAUGCAAAUCAGCAUUCGGCAACCACAGUGAAUUCCAAUAGUGAAAAUAAUAAUAUGCAGCAGCAUCGAGGCAAUGCCCGACCACUUCAUGAAACUCAUGAGGAGGUUUCUAACAUCUUUAAACUCAUUUCUAAUACGGAUAGCAGUCAGGAGGGCUUAGCAAAAUUACAUGAAUUUAAGACGCGCAAUCCAGAAGUAGAUAUCCUUCCGUUUCUCAAAGGUGCUAGUGUGAGCUUUCAAAAGUACAUCAUAGAUGGACUGGCUGAACUAGACAGUCAUCAAAAACAGAGCUCUGGUGGUAUGGAGAAGAAGUCUGUCGCAGGCACCCGCAUUGCACAAUCCACUACAAAUCCGGAUUAUUGGAUGGACAGAUUAAACUCUCUUAUGACGAAAACACAUCCAAACCAACAGGGCAAUGCAACACAACAACAUCAGUUUUCGGAUAACAAAAUAACUGAUGAAAAUCUGAAUCUCAAUCAACUCCAGCCCAAAGUCAAUCUGUUGCGGAAGGAAGCUGGCGGUGGUCUUGGAUCGGGUCUUACUCCUGCUUCUAUAAGCGGCGGAGGUGCUAACAACAGCCUCGUAAGCAACAUUUCCGUGCACAGGCGAGAAUUGCUGGCUCAAAAACUAGAGCAAAUUAAGCAACAAAAAUGAAUAACGACCGAGCUGAGCUUGGUUCGCCGAUAGUUUAUCUCAUUUACCGAAAGAACAAUAACUAUUAGAAGGAAAAGAAUAUUUGCUUGUGUAAUGAGUGGUUAAUCAGUAACGACGGAAAGCAAUGGUGGCAUGUGAGAUAAAUCCUUAUGUUUCAUUCUGCUACUUGUUACCCACACCCACAGAAAGAACGACGGUGUUGGUCUUCUAGGACCACAACCUUUUGGAUUUUAGGUAGGACUCUAUGCACUUGAGAAAUGUGUAGAUUUAGGUUCGAAGUUCUGUUGGAACCAUCGUUAUCUGCUUGAUUUUAGUGUUCGCAAUUUGUUUCUAUUGUACGUCUAUUCAAAAUAGGCUGUAACUUUUUUUUACAAUAUGGCCUUACACGUAACAAAUUGGAAAUAUAUAAAGUUUUUAUCUUUUCUCAUUCGUGUUGACUUAAAUCUGUUGUGUCCUAUUCCAAAAUGAUAUUUUGCAGUUUUUUUUUUAAAUUAUCAGUUAUUCCUUGUAUUUCGUUUAAACAAUUUAAUCAGUUACGCAAAUGCAGCAUAAAACAGUAAAUAUUUUUCACAGAUCUUAUCAGACAAAACAAGCCAUCAAAUGAAAAUGAACCACAAUACCAGAAAGUAUACAGUUUACUAAUCUUGCAUAAUCUACUAAUGUAUAAUAGUCACCUAUAACAAAUCACUAGCUUUCGUUUCACCGUGUGUAUCUUGGACGUUUUGUUUUCAAUAAUAUUCAUAAGUAGUUUGACAUCUGGUUGUUUUCCCACGAAAUUCGAUGACAAAUUAAACAUGCACUGGAAAAUUUAAUGUUCACAUUUAAAACCACAAUUAGACUGACGCAAAAGCAUACCAUUUCAUAUACUUAGUUUUAUAUUGUACUUGUAGACAUGAAACCACAGAGAUUGUUUUGAUCCACAUUAGCAUUCCCGCUAAUUAUAGAAAGUCGAUAUUUAAGUAUUUUUGAAUCUCCAUCCUCAUAAAUUUGAACAACAAUGCUGUUUUAUCCUUUCUAAGAAUACCUACAACAUGAAAAACAUAAUUUUUCGAUCGAUUGGCAUGAUAGCUAUAAAAAUUGUUAAUGUUACAAACAUUGUUCAUUCUUUGGUUUUCGUUAUGCUUAAAAAUACAGCUUUUGCUCUCGUCCUGCAGUAGAUAAUACUCAAAUAAAAAAAAAACAGAAGAGAUGGUAAUAGAGCAAGCAAAAACUUAAAAUUCUCUAAUUAGGCGAUCGAGUACAUAGUGAAUACUUAUGAUAAUGCAAAUCAAAUAAGAACACAUAGAAAGAAUAAAAAAAACCUGAGUGCACAUGCGUGUCAUCAUGACAAAUAUACAAUGCAAAGUGUAAUGGAGGGUGAUUUCGGUACAUCGGGGGUUUGCACUGAUGCUUACUUUGCCCUCUCAAACUCGUCUUAAUCAUUGUGGUAGAUCACGACACUCUGCUGCAGCGUAAAAAAAUGGUAAUAAGACAAAAGCAGCAAUUAGAAAGAUAAGAUUCCACUAUAUAUUUAUUAUUGCAAAUCAUUCAUGUUGAAUAUGUAAACUAAUUUAGAUACUAAAACCUGUAAUAAACAAAAUAAAACUA